UACUUUUUAUUAAUUUUUUAAUUACAGUUGAUCCAAAAUGUUGACAAAAUCGGCUCUAUUUGUCUUUUGUUUGACAAUCGCUUUGAAUUCGUUUCUGGCUGAACCUGUACCUGAAGCACUAGUCAGCAAUGAAAAAAGUGGUAACCAGCCAAUUGUGAACAGCCCUAAAGAAACGGUUGUGUCUGACAAUUCAAAUUUUUUGAAGAAGGCUUUACACAGAUUUGGGUUUGGAAAUCAACCAGUUUUAGGACAACCCGGUAACGAAACCAAAUCAAAAUCAUCAGGCAGCAGGAAACAGACAAGAGGUGGUAGUGACUUUUCUUAUGAUGACACUUCUUAUAAUGGACCAAGUCAGUGGAAAAACUUUGCUCCUGAAUGCGGAGGCAUCAGACAAUCACCAAUUGCAAUCGAAAAGAAAGACUUGGUCGUCGCCAGUGUUUGGAAAACUUUACAAUGGAACGAUUUUAGCAGAUUACCAAGUGCCAUGGAAUUAGUUAACAACGGACAUUCAGUGCAACUUUCGGCGACCUACUUUGGAGGACGAAGGCCAACAAUUUCCCAUGGCCCUCUGGUUGGUGAUUACACUUUUGAGCAAUUGCACUUUCAUUGGGGCGGUGAUGACCAACAUGGAUCCGAACACGUUGUGAACGGUGUUCAAUAUCCAAUGGAAUGCCAUUUGGUGCACUGGAAAUCCGAAUAUGGUUCCAUGGGUGAAGCUUUGAAGCAUACUGAUGGAGUUGCUGUAGUUGCUUUCAUGUUCGAUUCUAAAGAGGACAAAGACAAUGCAGGUUUGGCCAAGAUUAUUUCUAAAUUCAGUGAAGUCGGUUCAGGAUCCGGCCCUGCUGUUGGGGUACAAGCUUUUCCUUUGACUGAUCUGAUUAGGCCAUUUGUGGAUAAUUAUGCCACUUAUACAGGAUCCCUUACUACACCACCAUGUACUGAAGCAGUUACUUGGAUAAUUGCUUCUCAAACUCAGCAGAUGUCCAAAUCACAGAUGGCAAAGAUCCGUGAAGUCAGAGGACCGCAUGGGCCAAUUUCUGGAAACUUUAGACCGACCCAACCUCUAAAUGGAAGAACAGUUUACUACAUCCCUUAUUAAAAAUGAUGCAUUUUUAAUAAAAC